UUACCUAACUCUAUCAACAUGAAAGAAUUAAUUUUCAUUCCUUUAGCAGGAUUAGGCCACCUUGUAUCAGCCAUUGAAUUUGCAAAACAAAUUCUAAAUAGAGAUGAAAAAUUUUCAAUCUCUGUUCUUAUAAUGAAACUUCCCUUAGACUAUGGUGUUCAAAAUUUUAUUCAAUCACUCACUUCUCAACCUCGUUUGACAUUCAUCGAUAUCUCCCUAGACGAAAAAACGUCUUCUGGAUUGCUCAAUAACCACGAGACGUUUCUCUAUGAUUUCAUCGAUGGUCACAAAUCAAUCGUACGUGAAUAUGUUCACAACAUUUGUAAAACAAGUUCGUGUUAUGGUUUUAUUCUUGACAUGUUUUGUACCUCAAUGAUUGACAUAGCCAACGAAUUUCAUGUCCCGAGUUACAUUUACUUUGCUUCAAACACUGCUUUUCUUGGCUUAUGUCUUCAUUUCGAGACCUUAAGAAAUGAUCAACAUUUAGACAUGUCCAAAUACAUCAACUCUAACGAGGCAUUAUCUCUCCCAACUUUUAAAAAUCUUUGUCCGGCUAAAGUUUUGCCUAAGCAUUUGUUAGAUUCAAGACUUGCAUCAACGUUGUUUUUUGAUGGAAUUCGUCGAUUUAAAGAGACUAAAGGGAUUAUUAUUAAUACUUUUUUCGAGCUUGAAUCGUUUUCUCUUCAGGCUCUUUCGGAUUCUAAUAAGAUGGUUCCAAAAAUUUAUCCGGUUGGUCCAGUGGUUAGUUUUGAAAGAAGUGGUCAUUUUCGAAAUAACCCAUCGGAGAUUGAAAGUACUAUUAAGUGGUUAGAUGAUCAGCAGGAUUCCUCUGUAGUGUUUUUGUGCUUUGGUAGUAUGGGAAGUUUUGAAGCAGAACAGAUCAAUGAAAUAGCAACUGCACUGGAGCAUUGUGGUCACAGGUUCUUGUGGUCUCUAAGAAAAUAUCCACCAAAGGGAAAAAUAGAUAUACCAAAAAGUUACAACAACUAUGAAGAAGUGUUGCCAAAAGGAUUUUUGGAGAGAACAAAAGGAUUUGGAAAAAUAAUAGGAUGGGCACCACAAGUAACAAUUUUAUCUCAUCCAUCUAUAGGAGGAUUUGUGUCUCAUUGUGGAUGGAAUUCAAUACUAGAAAGUUUACAUUUUGGUGUUCCAAUUGCAACUUGGCCACUCUAUGCUGAACAACAAAUGAAUGCAUUUUUGUUGGUGAAAGAAUUAGGACUUGGUGAGGAGAUAAAAAUGGACUAUGUUGUUGAUUUUGAGGGGAAAAAUAAUCAAGUUGAUAUAGUGAGUGCUCAAGAAAUUGAAAGUGGUUUAUUAAGGUUGAUGGUGAAAAGUGAAGAGAAUGAAGUGAGGAAAAAAGUGAAGGAAAUGAAGGAGAAGAGUAGAGUAGCUAUGGAGGAUGGUGGAUCAUCUUAUAACUCACUUGGACUUCUAAUUAAGGAUGUAAUCACUAAUAUUUAAUUUCUUAUAAUAUGAAGAAGAAGAAAAAAAGAAAAGAAAUGGUGUUUUAGGAGAUAUGUAGUAUUAUGGUUAUUCUUAAUAUUUGUAUACUUUUAAUAUUUCAUCAUUUUUUUUUAUUU